GAGUAAAAUAUUAUUCUUUAUUCAUAAUUACCGCCCUUCGUCGGCGGCGUUUCUAUCAUUUUGCGAACCCCGCCACAGGAAGUGAGUGUUGUAGGUGCUACGCAGGCGUAAAUUGACCUUUCGGUUGAAGAACCCGUCGGUCACAUAUCACUCCUGACCGUAAUUACACUCGGCACAUAACAAAAUGGGUGACAUUGAAGACACACACUUCGAGACCGGGGACUCCGGUGCUUCGGCCACCUUCCCCAUGCAGUGCUCCGCCCUGCGUAAGAACGGUUUCGUCAUGCUGAAGGGUCGCCCGUGCAAGAUUGUCGAGAUGUCCACCUCAAAGACUGGGAAACACGGCCACGCUAAAGUACACUUGGUCGGAAUUGAUAUUUUCAAUGGCAAGAAAUAUGAAGAUAUCUGCCCAUCCACUCACAACAUGGACGUGCCCCACGUGAAACGCGAGGACUACCAGCUCACUGACAUAUCUGACGACGGCUACCUCACUCUCAUGGCUGACAAUGGUGAUUUGCGUGAGGACUUGAAGAUACCAGACGGCGACCUUGGCACCCAGCUGCGCUCCGACUUCGACAGCGGCAAGGAGUUGUUGUGCACCGUGCUGAAAUCUUGCGGCGAGGAGUGUGUAAUCGCGGUUAAGGCAAACACGGCUCUCGACAAAUAAACCAACUCAGCAUUUAUAGGGAGUAACAAGCGUAUAAUUUUUUUACAAUCAAAACUCUUACAUAAAUGUAAAACAUAAUAUUAUGUAUAAUUUAACGUAAAAUAUUGUGGUUUGGCGCGGAGCUCGCGAUUAACUCUCUGAACGUUAGCUGUUUCCCAUAUUAUAUUAGCAAUAAUCACGGCAAUCGUGAAGACAAUACGGUAUUGUUGUAAGAAUGCCAUAUCUAGGGGCGUGGUCACUAACUACCAAGUCCCUAGUUCUUAUACUAAAAAUCUUACCGGCCCUCUCGCUCUGUCACAAAUGAGAGGACCUGAUAGAUUCUUAGUACAAGACCCGCUGGCCGGCCGGCAUUGUUACCCCGACUGUACGAUUAUUGCACAUAAAUGAAAUAUUGUAACCUAUGAAAUGUUAACCCGAAAGCGAAUAUAAUGUCACGCAUAUUAAUUUAUUUAUAUUAAGUGUAAUACGAAUCCAUGUUAAAGAGCGCCAGUGACUUGCAAUACCACCUCUAAGUGGUAAUACGAUCCACAGCAAACGGUCGUAGUAUCGCUGGUACGAGUACGGAAUGCGAGGUGCACUGGCCCUCUUAAUCUCGGGUGCGGGACGGUCAAGCGUCCGUGGCCGGUGGCCGGUGUCCAGCGUCCGGCAACGCUGCAGCGCCGGGACGAGAGUGUAAGAGUGCCGCGCGGAAACUUCACGUUUGUUUUGUUUUGUUUGUUCUCUUUUCGCUUAACGUCUACACAACGUCAACGUUACGUUGCGCUCCGCGAGUCGCCGAACAUUGUUGAUAGAUAUCGGUAUAAACUCCGUGUGGUGUAGUUGGAUAAUAAAUGUUUUAUAGUGGUUUGUAAUCUGACGAAAAGAUGGACGCAAACUUGAAGUUAUUACCAUAUUUUAAUGCUAAAUUAAUUGAUACAUAUAAAAAUCAAGAAAACAAACAAAAAAAAAAUAGAAAUAAAGAAAAUUCUUGAAUGUGGUGUGUGAUUGAUUAGUCCUCUUUGGGGCACUGUCAUUUAUUUGACGCGCUCCUGUGCUGCCGCGAGCGGGAACGCUCGCCGCGCCCGCUUAGGCAUUAUAUCCCUUUGUGUAACACUUGCCAUCUGUUCAAAUAGACAUGUUCUUUGCCCAGAGCCCGAAGUUGAAAUAAAAAGAAUUACAUUACUCCUGUUUGAAUUUUUAUACGGAAAAAAGAACAAGCCCCUAGCAAGAAGUCACGUGAAUGUAAAUUUGUCGUUUACUUUUUCGUACUUACCUGGUGGUGCUUAAAUAUAAUAAGUGGUUGAUACCACUACAAAACGUACUUAUUAGACUCCUUUGUGAAAUAAAUAAAUACCUACAAAAUAGUAGUAAUAUAUAAUUUUACUUUUCUAAUUUGCAUAUUACUCUGUUUCUCUAACGUCAGUCCUAAUGACUCAACGCAUGAGAUUAAAUAUUGUUUUAUUGAAGUUAACAUAUCGGCAAUGCUGCCUUAGUGUAUCAAUUCAUUUGUUAUAUGUUUUAUUUUGCUGUAAUUAUAGUUCAAUUCAGUUAUACAACCUAUUUUAUGACCUUAUGACAGAAAAAAACCACGAACUGCAUAGUCCUCAAGGAAAAUUGGUAAUUACUAUUAAUUUACCAAAAAUUUUGUUAGGAAUCCUUUGACGUGUCCUUAGUAUGUAUAUUUUGGUCGCCCUUGACGUGCUUUUAUUUCAACUUCACUCAGGGUACUAACCACUUCGACUAUCACUGUCUGAUGGUAUACUUAUCAUUAUGUGCAAAAUUAAUGAAGACUGAAUGGACUGUCAUUUGAAAAUAUCUUCAGUGAAGACUGACAAUGCAUUUUGUAGAAGAAAUAGUUGAUUUUUAUAAAGUACGUGUAAAAACAAUACUUGGCUUUUUCCGGCCUUUCCUUGCUCUCUUUAAUUUGAUAUUUGAACACAUGAAAUGUUACACUAAAUCGAGUGGCUUAAAAUUGCCUAUAUUCCAUAGUUGUGUGUAUAAUGUUUGUCGUUGGCAUUGUAACAGCAAGUGUUGCCAGCAAGGGGCUAGUAUCAUUCACUUGUAUGUCAGUUGGACUAUCAUUUUUUAACAUCAAAUUGUCAAAGACGAUAUGAUAUACGAAAAUUAAUUUAAGAAUGUAAGGUAAGGCCCUAUAGGAGAGAUAUUUUUUUAUGCAUUCAAAAUUCUUACAUCACAGGUUGUAGACUAAAAAAUUAGGCUGGUUAUAUUAUAGAUAACUGUUUGUUGUCUGUACAAUUUUUUUUUUUCGUCUAAAUCGCAUAAUCGUUAUUGUUGGUCAAGUUUUUAUAUUUAGCAGCUUGUAAUCAGGUUUUUAUUUUAUAUAAAAAAAAAAAAUAAACUAAUGUAAUGACAACGGGAGGUAUAAAAAAUAAAAUACUUUAGUCAAGACAAAGUAACUUUUCUUUCGGGCCAUUUAGGAUGUCCUAAUGAGGCCUCGGUGGACGAUGUAGUAGCCUUCCUUGUUAAUCGUAAUAUCCAAGUCAUAGGAUAACGGCAGCGCAUUAAAUGUGAAUUUACUUAUCCAUUUAGAAUUAAUUACUGGUGCACCAUUAAGUCGAAUUAGGAAUUGAUUGCUCCCGUGCACACAUGGUCUAUUGCGCUUAUUAUUACCAACUGAUAUUUUGUAAAACGAGCUAUAAUAUCGGAAUGUGCGAACACUUGUCAGCGCGACAGCCACUUGGAUAUAUAUAUUCUCUAAUUGCUUUAAUGUCGCCAGUUCGAAUAUAGCUCGUGCAAUAUUACUAGUAGCUUUACUUUAAGUGAACUAGAUUUGGCGUGACCUUGUGUCUUUGAGAUGGACGUCAUACUAUCCACUCAUAUUUUAUUUAGAAAACUUAAAUUAUUUUUUUAUAUUGGGGCGUAGAUCAGAUAAUAACUAUGCGACGGUUUUAGUGCUAAAGUUCUGUAUAUACGUAAGAGUGGAACAUUUUAAUGGAUAUUAAGUAAUUGCAGUUCUCAACUCGACACAUCCAAUCUCCGACGUAUGUCGUUUUAUGUCUAUGUGCAAACAGUACCGAAUUUAAUAAACAACAAUGGCCAAUAAAUAAAUGUAAAUGCAGUAAUAAGUAUUUAACAGUCUGUCGAAUUAAAUCUGUACAAAACGAA